AUGUAUAAGGUUGCUCGAAAUAAACCCAUACGAUGCACUGGUCAAAUUUUUUCAACAACAUAUCCACAAUUGAAUCGAUUGCUUUAUAAGCAACCUCACCCAAUUACCAAAUUUUCCCCAUAUUUUACCAGAUCAAUUCAUCAGAGUUCAAUAAUAUUGCAAGAAUUGAAAAACAACAAACCAUCAACAAAUGAUCAUGAAAAGUCAAAUAUUAUACCUAAAGCAAAAGAAGUUGCUAAAGAAAUACCGAAAGUAACGAAAGAACAACUACUAUCCAAGGCAAAUAAUAUCAUCUCAAGAUUAAAAAUACGAAUAAAGUGGCUAUUAAAAAAAUCAAAUCGACCGUAUAAUACUGAUGAUUAUUCAGCAUUUUUUUCAUGGCUAGUUGUUGGUAACGUCUUCUUAAUAUUUGUUGCAACCACAACUUUUUUUUCAUUGAUAAUUUUUACAGCAAAUACUGUUUUCGCUCAAGAAUUUGUUGCUAGAAAAUUAGGUGAAUUCAUAACUAAAAAUUCAAAUAUGACUGUAACUUUUGAAAGUGCAAUAGUUCCAGGAUGGUCAGACGGUAAAAUUAGUUUCAGAAAAUGCUUUGUUAGUAGAAGACCUAAAAAGAUUGAAAAAUUUAUAAAAGGAUCACAACAGGAAGCUUAUGAGCAAUCAUUAUUGAUAAAAACACCUAAUGAAGAAAUUGAAGAGGAUGUUUUUGAAGAUGAUGGAAACUAUACACAGUUUGAUUUAAUAAUAGAAGAGGUUAAUAUUUCUUUAUCUUUCAAUAAAUGGGUCAAUGGUACUGGUAUGAUUGAAACCCUAGAAAUCAAAGGUCUAAGAGGUGAAGUAGAUAGAACGCAUGUUAGAUGGAAUCCAGAUGAUGAUGCUACGAAUUAUAAGAAUGUAUAUCAACCUGGAGAUUUUGAAAUUGAAGAUUUUAAAAUGGAAGAUGUAUUAUUUGAAUUAAAACAACCAAAAGAUUUUAGACCUUUUGAUGUUGCCAUUUAUAAUUGUGAAUUAUCAAAAUUAAGAAAACACUGGUUGUUUUAUGAUUUUUUGAAUGCAAAUGUUAUGAGUGGUUCAUAUGAUAAUUCUUUAUUUACUGUACAUAAAAAGCAAAGAUUAAGUGAUUUUUCAUUAAAUGAAGAUGAUAAUUUGAAAAAUCAUAAUAAAUGGAAACGAAUAACUUGUUUAAGAGUCGACGCUUUGAAUAUAGAUCAUUUGAAUACAGGAUUAGAAGGACCAUUUGGCUGGAUUACAAGUGGUAAAGUUGAUAUGAUAGGAGAAGUUAUGGUUCCACAAGAACAUGAUAAUGAUAUUGGAGUGAAAGAAAUUGUCAAUAUGAUAGCAGAAUCAAUUACUAAGGAAGCAACUAAAUAUAAAAAUCCAGAGAUACAAUCAAAACAUCCAGAUAUGCAUACUAGAUUAACUAAAGAUGAUUACACUGACAUCACAAAGUAUUUUGUAUUAGAUUUAACUAUUAAAUUAAUCAAUGUUAGAGCAAUAGUUCCAUUCAAAGCUCCUGAGUUAUCAUAUAUCAAUUAUGCACUAAUUAGACCAAUUGUGGCUUAUAUCAAUUCUAAAAACACAGUGAUUGAAAUUCACAACAGAAUAGUCAAAAACAUUCAAGAUUUCGAAGGUUCAUGGACUGUAUACGAUUCUUUAUUAAUGGAUGAUAUAUCUGAGGAAGUAUAUGACAAUUUUGUUGAUUAUGUGGCUGAUGAAGAAGCAAGAUUAGUUCGAAUGAAAAGAAUCGGAUUUUGGUCUUUACAAUUAUUCUUGCAAUUAAUACUUGUUGGGUUAGGAACUUUAGCAUAA